GCAGCGGCCCCGCGCAGGGCCGGGAGCGGCGGCGGCGGCGGUUCCGAGCCCGCCCCGGGCUGGACAGCGCCGGGAGCUUCCCCGGGCCCGUCUGUGCCGAUCUUCUGAAUUUGGCUCCUGACUAGAGCUGACAGAUGAUGGAAACAUUUCCCUGGCGAUGUCUCUGGGGCGACUCCUCCGUCGAGCCUCUUCGAAAGCGUCCGACCUCCUGACCCUGACUCCCGGCGGCGGCGGCGGUUCCUCCUCCGUGCUCGAUGGCGAGAUCAUCUACUCCAAGAACAAUGUCUGUGUCCACCCCCCCGAGCUGCUGCAGGGCGUCGGGGAGCACCAUCCAGGCUAUUUGUGCUUGUACAUGGAGAAGGACGAGCUGCUGGGAGCCACGCUGAUCCUGGCCUGGGUGCCCAACUCCCGCAUCCAGCGGCAGGAUGAGGAAGCCCUGCGCUACGUCACCCCCGAGAGCUCCCCCGUGCGCAAAGCGCCCCGAAAGCGCGGCCGCCACGCCCAGGGCUUCGGCAUCGGCCGGCCUGCGUCCCCCCCGGAGCAGAGAGGGCCGCAGCCCCUCCGCGGGGACGAGAUCCUCACGGUGUCACAGCCCGUGAGGGACGGGAUCCCCUCCUCGGAAGGGGAGAAGCUGUCGCAGAGCGGCGCCCGCCGGUCCCCGCAGCCCCCCCGCAGCGACUCAGGGACCCUCUCCACAGUCAGCUCCCAGGAGGAGCACAACAGGUCGGAGGGCACGGAGGAGGGCCCGGACUGCAGGGAGGACGAGGGCUCCUUGGAGCUGUCUGCUGACGAUGUGAGCAGGGACAGCACCUUUGACUCUGAUUCUGAUGCCUUCUCUUCCCCCUUCUGCCUCUCUCCCAUCAGCGAAGCCCUGGGGAAAAGCAGCAGCUCCGUGUUCCUGGACAGUGAAAGCAGGGACACGUGUGACAAUCGCAUGACCUGCUCCACCAGCUCUGCCUCCAGCCUGGACACCAGUGCCCAGUUCCAGGAGAACAAUGGGCAAACGCAGAGCACCAGAUGGGAUGAACAGCAGAAGGUAUUUGCCCUCGAGCAGGUGUGUGGUGUCUUCAGAGUAGACCUGGGACAAAUGAGAUCCCUUCGCCUUUUCUUCAGCGAUGAGGCGUGUACCUGUGGGCAGCUGGUGGUGGCCAGCAGGGAGAGCCAGUACAAGAUCUUCCAUUUUCACCACGGUGGCCUGGAUAAACUGUCCGAGGUGUUCCAGCAGUGGAAGUACUGCACAGAGACCCAUCUCAAGGACCAGCAGCUUGCAGAUGAGAAAACCUGCAUGCAGUUCUCCAUCCGCCGCCCCAAGCUGCCCUCCUCGGAGACCCACCCCGAGGAGAACUCCUACCGGCGCCUGGACGUGUCUGCCUGGCUGCAGCACCUCAACGAGGCCGGCCAGGUGGAGGAGGAGUACAAGCUGAGGAAGGCCAUUUUCUUUGGUGGGAUUGAUAUUUCCAUCCGCGGGGAGGUGUGGCCCUUCCUGCUGCACUACUACAGCUACGAGUCCACCUCGGAAGAGAGGGAGGCACUGAGGCUGCAGAGGAGGAAAGAAUACUUUGAGAUCCAGGAGAAAAGGCUGUCCAUGACUCCAGAUGAGCAGAAGGAUUUCUGGCGCCAGGUGCAGUUCACGGUGGACAAGGAUGUUGUGAGGACCGACCGCAGCAACCAGUUCUUCAGAGGGGAGGACAACCCAAAUGUGGAGACCAUGAGGAGGAUCUUGCUGAACUAUGCUGUAUUUAACCCAACCAUUGGAUACUCCCAGGGCAUGUCCGACCUGGUUGCCCCACUCCUGGCUGAGGUCCUGGAUGAGUCAGAUACUUUCUGGUGCUUUGUUGGAUUGAUGCAGAACACCAUCUUCAUCAGCUCCCCCCGGGACGAGGACAUGGAGAAGCAGCUGCUGUACCUGCGCGAGCUGCUGCGGCUGAUGCACCCGCGCUUCCACCAGCACCUGUGUGCCCUGGGAGAGGAUGGGCUGCAGAUGCUCUUCUGCCACCGCUGGAUCCUGCUCUGCUUCAAGCGCGAGUUCCCGGAGGCCGAGGCGCUGCGCAUGUGGGAAGCGUGCUGGGCUCACUACCAGACGGAUUAUUUCCACCUCUUCAUCUGCGUGGCCAUCGUGGCGAUUUAUGGGGACGACGUCAUCGAGCAGCAGCUGGCCACUGACCAGAUGCUGCUGCAUUUCAGCAACCUGGCCAUGCACAUGAACGGGGAGCUCGUACUCAGGAAGGCCAGGAGUCUGCUCUAUCAGUUCCACCUGCUGCCCCGCAUCCCCUGCAGCCUGCACGACCUCUGCAAGCUGUGUGGGACAGGCAUGUGGGACAGUGGCUUCAUCCCUGCUGUGGAGUGCUCUGGCCACCACCCGGAGUCCGAGAGCUGCCCGUACGGGGGGCUGGUGGAAGUGUCUUCUCCUAAACCAGGAAGUGAAGGCAAGAAAGGCCCGAAAACACGGGAUGUCUUUGCCUUCCGAAAAUAGCUGAGAGGAACAGGGUGCGACGGCGGAAGGGAAGGGCAGGAAGGAUGUGCAUAGGAAAAAAUGUUGAAGAAAAAAAUGGAGGAAUAGCUUGUCAAGACUCCUGAGAAGACUGAAAGGUGUGGAAUGGAAGGGGAAUUAAAUUGCUCUAUAGGAGAAGUUCCAUUGCAUGGGUGGUGGAACCUGAGAGAAAGGCAUCGACCCGGGAACUGUGUUUGGAUUUGAUUUUGUUCGAAACAAGCUUUUCUAGGUUUUAACAAGGACUUUUUAUUCUGCCUCUGGGACUGGACUGGUUAGCAACCAGAACUUUCUUACUUGCUGGUGGGAAACGAGAACGCUGCGGGGAGCCAGGGCUGCCCAGAAGCGUUGGUGGCAGGUGGCAGGAGCAGAGCCAAGGCCACUGUCCCCUCACCCAGAGCACACCGCACGCUCUCUGCUUCAACCAAAACGUGCAGCUUCGUGGCUUCUUUUUAAAGCCAUAAAAGCCAUUUUAAUUAUAAUCUGCCAAAAAUAAAACUGCAGACGGUUGGGAUUGCAGGGAAGGUGUCUGCUUUGUCAGCAAGGAAGGACCGGUGACCUCGAAGUCUUGUCUCUAGCCUUUUCUGCUUUUAUAGGAUACGCUGGCUGGCAGGAUUUUUUCCAUUUUUAUAGAAAAUGGACUGCCCCUGGAAAUACCAGGUCAGGGUAUUUCACAAACACUGCCCAAGGUUUCCUUCUUCAUGAGAUAUUGGGAAGGAAUUGUUCCCUGGGAGGUAGGUGAGGUCCCGGCACAGGGUGCCCAGAGCAGCUGUGGCUGCCCCUGGAUCCCUGGAAGUGUCCAAGACCAGGCUGGAUGGGGCUUUGAGCAACCUGGGACAGGGAAAGUUGUCCCUGCCCAUGGUAGGGGGUGGAAUGGGAUGAGCUUUAAGGUCCCUUCCAACCCAAACCAUUCUGUGAUUCUCUGACAUUACAGCAAAGCUGUUUCUUUAUGCUGACAACUGCAGACUUUAAUGCUUUAGUCUGUUGUUUCCAGUAUGUUUCCCACUGUGUUUCCUUUGGCUCUCCUCAGUCACUGAAUAUUUACUGUCCUUGCCUGUCACUGCCACAGCCUGUGGCACAUACAUUCCCUGCGGGUUUUAGGCUCUUCAGUCAGUGCCAGGGGGGCUCCCUGUUCCACAUCUCAAAGUGAAAAUGAAACUUGCCUUGGUGCAGUCGUUUUUGCUGAGCUCUGUCUGACAAAGGUUUCCCUCAGGGUCUUUUUGAAAGGACAGUGUUUCUCCCCAUGCCUGCUAUAAAUUUUGCCAGCCAGAUGUGGAGCGGGGGCCUUGAGCCCUGUUGCCAAAGGUUCUUACCAAAUUCCAUGGCCUCCAAAGGCGUGUCCCAAGCCAGCAUUUGUGCCAAACAGAGCCAGGGGAGCAGUUUCCUUGUGGGGGUGGAAAAGGAGCCGAGGUGGCAGCGUGCUGGGCCUCCCUGUGUCCCUCUGCAGCCUUCCCUGGCUGUCCUGCUCCCUCUCAGCCCCUCCACACUGCUUCCCACACAGCUGCCGUGGGCAAGCUCACUUCCCAGCCCUGCCUCUCAGGAAUGUUUGUGCCCUCAGCAGCACGUGUGGAGCCACCACUGUGUCCUCGGGCAGAGCUGGGUGGGUUCCUGCACCUGACAAGCACAUUUCUCUCAAAAUCCUUCUGCAAAGCCUUACCCAGAGCCUGUCCUGGAGCCCCUUCCUGCUGGGAAGUGAGGCUGGAGCUCGGAUGCUUCGUGUGAACCAGCACAAGCCAGGGGCACACGGCGUUCCUGGAUGGAAGAAGCCUUGACCCACUGAAGGCAACAUGCCCAGGGCUGGCUGUUGAGUGACAGGACAGUUGAGCUCCUGAUUUGUGUGCCUUUAAUCCCGGGGAUGGAAACCUUCCCCUGGAUGAGAGCAGUGGGGAAACCCACUCGGAAUGGCACAGCUUGAGGCUGCAGGUGUGAGCUGGGCAUUGGCAAGGAACCUCUCGUGUGAGGGCUGGGGCUGCAUUGCUCCAGGGCAGGGAGUUUGUGGAGAUGUUUCAGUGAUAAUAAAAGUUUGUGUGAGGCU